AUGGUGACCAUGCUGUUGCUCCUGGCCACACUGGCAGGCCUCUUCACUGCAGCCAAGGGACAAACUUUCCAUCUUGGGAAAUGCCCAACUCCUUCAGUGCAAGAGAAUUUUGACGUGCUAAAGUAUCUUGGAAGGUGGUAUGAAAUCGAGAAGAUCCCAUCGAGCUUUGAGAGAGGGGACUGCAAUCAAGCCAACUACUUGCUGAUGGAGAAUGGCAACAUCAAAAUGAUAAACCAGGAGAGGAGACCUGACGGAACCAUGAACCAAGUCGAAGGUGAAGCCAAAUACACCAACCUCUCUGAGCCAGCCAAGCUCCUAGUCAAGUUUUUUGAGUUGACGCCAGCCACACCGUACUGGAUCCUGAUCACUGACUAUGUGAACUACGCUCUUGUGUACUCCUGCACCACCAUCAUCUGGCUCUUCCAUGUGGAUUAUAUUUGGAUCCUGGGAAGAAACCCUUUUCUUCCUCCAGAAACAAUAACCUACCUAAAAGAUAUCCUUAUUUCCAACAGUAUCGACACCCAAAAAAUGAUAAGCACUGAUCAAACGAACUGCCCUGAAUUCCCGUAA